AUGGUCACCCGGGAGCGAGCUGAGAAUAGGGACGGCCCCAAGAUGCUGAAGCCGUUGGUGGAGAAGCGGCGCCGGGACCGCAUCAACCGCAGCCUAGAAGAGCUGAGGCUGCUGCUGCUGGAGAGGACCAGGGACCAGAACCUCCGGAACCCGAAGCUGGAGAAAGCAGAGAUACUGGAGUUCGCCGUGGGCUACUUGAGGGAGCGAAGCCGGGUGGAGCCCCCGGGGCUUCCCCGGUCCCCAGGCCAGGACGCCGAGACGCUCGCCGGCUGCUACCUGUCCGGCUUCCGCGAGUGCCUGCUCCGCUUGGCGGCCUUUGCGCACGACGCCAGCCCGGCCGCCCGCUCCCAGCUCUUCUCCGCGCUGCACGGUUACCGGCGCCCCAAGCCGCCCCGGCCGGAGGCCGCAGAUCCCGGGCUCGCGGCGCCGCGCCCACCGCUGGACCCCGCUUCACCCAUCCUCGGCCCCGCGCUGCACCAGGGCCCUCCCAGUCCCCGCCUCGCCUGGUCCCCAUCCCACUGCUCCCCUCGCGCCGGGGAUUCGGGCGCGCCGGCGCCUCUCACCGGACUGCUGCCGCCGCCGCCACCGCCUUCCAGACAAGACGGGGCGCCCAAGGCCCCGCCACUCCCGCCGCCCGCGUUUUGGAGACCUUGGCCCUGAGUUCUGGUUGCGGGGCGCCGGGGCGGGGAUUGGGGGUGGUGUAGAGACUCCAGCCAGAGGGCAGGAGAGGGAUCCGGGCGAGGAGGGGCAAGCGGGGCGCGCGGGCUCAGCGCGCGGGUGAGAUGUGGUCUAUAUUAGAGUAUCUAUAUAAAUAUAUAUUUUCCCAUCCCUUUCCCCUGGCCCACUACCCUGUGUGUAGCCUUGUACCCUCCCUCUUCCCUAGUCCGGUCCCAGUCCCUUCCCGAGUCCCUAGUGCAUGGAAUAAAAUCGUUAUUAAAUCCCGGUGUGUCCCCUAGCCAGGGGCCUGCCUUUAUAUCGGCGCCACGCCUACCUGCCCAUACCCUUCUCCCACCUUUAUUUAGGCCUGCUCUCCACGGCCCAAGCCCUGGGGGGGAGACAGGUAAGUAAAGAGCGGAGUGACAGACUGAGGUUGGAACUGAACUUUGUUUGUGGGUCUUUUAAAUAAAAGCCAAGGAAAAAAAGGUUCAAAACGAGAAAUAAAAUUAAAA